UUGAACUCAUCUCUGGUUGAUGCUGGGCUGUCUGGGAGAGGCCAUUUCUCUCGUGGGAAUUGAGGAUCUUUCGCAGAGAACGGUGCCGAGACGAUUCCUUUCGCCCCCCAAACCACGAUGAAAUUGGCAGCGUCCCUUCUGAUGGACACCCGAGAAAGCUUGAAGAAGGCGAUCAGGGACUUAAGAGUCAAAGUGUCCAACCUUGAGGUGGAAAACCCAGACAUUGUCAAGAUUAUGGUCAGAAAAGAGCAGAACACGAGCCUGGAAGGCCAAACCUUUUGUCUGGAAAAGGAAGAGAAUGAACUUCAAGAGAUAUUCCGAGAACUGGAGGACACCAGGGCUACUCUGGAGGCGCAAAACCAGACCUUGACACAGACCAACAAGGUGCUCCACUGCAAAAUCAGGAAGGUCUCCAACAACCUGGUCAGGUUUCAGGCCUCCAAGGCCAGUCGGGACCAGGAUAUUUUGCGUAUGAAGCAGGAGAUGGAGAACAUCGCGGCGGACGUUAAACGGGUGGAGGCGAAAAUGGAAACGGCCAAGCAGAGGUACGAGGAGAAGCAGCAGCAGUCCGCCAGGCUGGAACGCAUGAUGGUUGAACUGGAAGGGAUCUGCAAGGCUCAGGAUAACGAGAUCCUUUUUCUGGAGGAGCACCUGGGGCCACCGAUGCGAAAUACUCUGUUUUCUGUCUUAUCCGAAGGGACCUGGGUGCUGGUGGCUUUAAUCGCUGGCCUGGGAUUUUCAAACCUGUUGCCCUUCCUGGUGAAUUCGUGGUGCCUGAGAGCGGACCACUGACAUUUGCGAAUUUGUUGGGGAGGUAUCGGACAUCCUGUCCCCGAAUCACCCCUCCGGAAGUUGAGAACCUUGUUGCCUUUUU